AUGGCGCCCUCCAACAUUCAGGUGUCCCUCGCGGCACCGCCGGCGCACAUGGCGACCACCACGCUUAAGGUGGAAGGGAUGACAUGCGGCGCGUGCACAUCGGCAGUUGAAGCUGGCUUCAAGGGCGUCGAUGGCGUGGGCAGUGUGUCAGUCAGCCUAGUAAUGGAGCGCGCGGUGGUUAUUCACGAUCCGCAACGGAUACCGGCCGAAAAAAUACGAGAGAUCAUCGAGGAUCGUGGGUUCGACGCCGAAGUCUUGUCGACAGAUCUGCCGUCGCCAAUCGCGCCUCGUGCUUCAUUCGGCCAAUUCCCUGCCAAGGAUGGCCCCGCGACGAUGGUUACGACGGUGGGAAUUCAGGGCAUGACGUGCGGCGCGUGUACGUCCGCAGUGGAGGGAGGGUUCAAGGAGGUGUCUGGAGUUCAGAGUUUUAGCAUAUCAUUGUUAUCAGAAAGAGCGGUGAUCGAGCACGACCCGGCGCUUUUGACCGCUGAGGCCAUCCGUGAGAUCAUCGAGGACAGGGGCUUCGACGCCGAAGUGAUUGAGAGCACGGAGAAAGACCAGGAGGCCGGCGCGGUAUCCGAAGGCACGAAAACCGCUUCCGCGGCGACUACAACAGUUGCAAUCGAAGGGAUGACGUGCGGAGCUUGCACUUCCGCCGUCGAAGAGGGGUUCAAGAACGUCGAGGGUCUCCUUCGUUUUAAUAUCAGCUUGCUCGCGGAACGGGCCGUCAUUACACACGAUCCGGCGAAACUCCCCGCGGAUAAGAUUGCCACGAUCAUUGAAGACCGGGGCUUCGACGCGAGAAUUCUUUCGACAGUGUUCGAUUCAGUUGACCAGGGGGCCGGUGCUUCGACAGCGCAGUUCAAGGUUUAUGGUGCCUCGGAUGCAGCCGCAGCAAAGUCCCUCGAGGAGAAACUGACCGCAUUGCCUGGCGUCAAAACCGCGCGAUUUGCCCUCAGCUCGUCUCGUCUCACGGUCACCCACGUUCCCAAUGUGACGGGCUUGCGGGCUAUUGUCGAAAGCGUUGAAAGCUUGGGGUACAACGCCCUGGUUGCAGACAACGACGACAACAGCGCCCAGCUCGAGUCCCUGGCCAAAACCCGGGAGAUCCAGGAGUGGAAGCGGGCGUUUCAAGUGUCCGCUUCUUUCGCCGUCGCUGUCUUCCUCAUCAGCAUGGUCAUUCCCAUGUGUAUCCCGGCCCUGGAUUUUGGCUCGAUUCGGCUCUUCCCUGGCCUGUACCUUGGCGAUAUCGUCUGUAUGGCUUUGACAAUACCCGUUCAAUUUGGUAUUGGAAAGCGAUUCUACGUCUCGGGCUGGAAGUCUUUCAAGCACGGCUCGCCGACAAUGGACGUGUUGGUGGUUCUGGGCACAUCCUGCGCUUUCUUCUUCAGCGUCAUGGCCAUGAUCGUUUCCAUCCUGUUCCCUCCCCACACUCGACCGAGUACCAUCUUUGACACGAGUACAAUGCUCAUCAGUUUCAUCACCCUCGGCCGCUUCUUGGAAAACCGGGCAAAGGGGCAGACCUCGAAGGCCCUGUCCCGGUUGAUGUCGUUGGCCCCGUCCAUGGCUACUAUCUACGCCGAUCCCAUUGCUGCCGAGAAGGCUGCUGAAGGGUGGAACGGUGAGGCUAGCACCGAGGAACCUAAGGAGGCUCUCGAUGGAAACGCAGCGGACGAGAAAGUGAUCCCCACCGAACUCAUCCAGGUGGGCGAUAUUGUCAUUCUGCGACCGGGCGACAAGAUCCCAGCGGACGGCGUCCUGGUUCGCGGAGAGACAUAUGUGGACGAGAGCAUGGUCACCGGUGAGGCCAUGCCUGUCCAGAAGACAAAGGGCAGCUUCUUGAUCGGUGGUACUGUCAAUGGCCACGGCAGGGUCGACUUCCGCGUUACCCGGGCCGGCCGUGACACCCAGCUUAGCCAAAUUGUAAAGCUAGUGCAGGAUGCGCAGACAAACCGUGCUCCGAUCCAGCGCUUGGCCGAUACCCUGGCUGGCUACUUCGUCCCCACCAUUCUGUUUCUGGGCCUCAUGACAUUCCUUGUGUGGAUGGUACUGAGCCACGUUCUGACCAACCCCCCCAAGAUUUUUCUGGAAGAUGCCAGCGGCGGCAAAAUCAUGGUUUGCGUCAAGCUCUGCAUCUCAGUCAUCGUCUUUGCCUGCCCGUGCGCGCUUGGCCUGGCCACGCCCACGGCUGUCAUGGUGGGAACUGGAGUGGGAGCCGAGAACGGCAUUCUUGUCAAGGGCGGUGCAGCUCUAGAGACAACCACCAAGAUCAACCAGGUCGUUCUCGACAAGACGGGGACCCUCACCUACGGCAAAAUGAGCGUGGCCAAGGCGAGCCUGGCCUCUCCCUGGGGCGACACAGACUGGCGCAAGCGGGCUUGGUGGGCCAUCGUCGGACUGGCAGAGAUGGGCAGCGAGCACCCCAUCGGUAAAGCUAUGCUCAGGGCCGCGAAGACGGAACUCGGCCUUAGCCCCGACGCAACUAUUGAGGGGAGUGUUGGUGAUUUCUCUGCCGCGGUCGGCAAGGGUAUCAGCGCAUAUGUUGAGCCGGCCAUUGCCAACGACCGCACGCGCUACAAGGUCCUGAUCGGCAACGUGCUGUACCUCGAGGAGAACAGCGUGACUGUCCCCCGCACCGCCGUCGAGGCCUCGGAACAGGUCAACAGCGCUCGAUCCACGAAAUCAAAUGCUGGUACCACCAACAUCUUCAUCGCGAUCAACGGCACCUACGCCGGCCACCUCUGUCUCUCCGAUACCAUCAAAGACGGCGCGGCCGCCGCCAUCGCGGUUCUCCACCGCAUGGGUGUGCGGACAGCGAUGGUCACCGGCGACCAGCGCGGCACAGCACUCGCCGUAGCCGCGGCGGUCGGCAUCGACGCUGACGACGUGUACUCGGGCGUAUCGCCCGACCAGAAGCAAACCAUCAUCCGACAGCUCCAGGACACCGGCGCGGUGGUGGCCAUGGUGGGUGACGGGAUCAACGACUCACCGGCGCUGGCGACAGCCGACGUCGGCAUCGCGAUGAGCAGCGGUACCGACGUGGCGAUGGAGGCCGCAGACGUGGUGCUCAUGAAGCCCAACGACCUGAUGGACAUUCCCGCGGCGUUGAGCCUGGCGCGUUCUAUCUUCCGCCGCAUCAAGAUGAAUCUGCUGUGGGCGUGCAUGUACAACCUUGUCGGUCUGCCGUUUGCCAUGGGGCUUUUCCUCCCGCUGGGCUUCCAUAUUCACCCGAUGAUGGCGGGCGCGGCCAUGGCGGCGAGCAGCGUGUCGGUGGUGACUAGCAGCUUGUUCCUGAAGCUGUGGAAGCGGCCGAAGUGGAUGGACGAGGUAGAGGCCGAGAUGAAGACGGGCGGUGGUGUGGUGAGGAAGGGACGGGGUUGGGGUCUGUUUGGAGGUCUGCGGGAGGCGGUCGGUGGGUUGUUUGGGAGGCAAAGGAGCAAGAAGGAUGGGGGGUAUGUGCCGCUCGCGACGCUGGAUGCCGAGUCUCCGGUUUGA